AUGACUGAACCCAGCACUAGAAAAGAAGGUUUUAAAAAAUGCAGGAGUGCCACUUUCAGCAUUGAUGGAUUUAGCUUUACAAUAGUGGCAAAUGAAGCUGGUGAUAAAAAUGCCCGGCCUCUGGCAAGAUUUGCAAGAUCCAAGUCUCAGAACAGCCUAUGGAACACUAUUAUCAGUGGGCUGAAUCUCAAAGAAAAGCAGAAGCCGGCAAUUGUCACUGACCCUCGUAGUCCUGAAGAGAUACUGGCUGAUGAGUUGCCACAGGUUGACAGUCCAGAUGCCAUUCCGAAAACAUCUAUAAGGUUGCGGUGUUUGGUGAAGCAACUGGAAAGAGGCGAAGCUUCUGUAGUUGAUCUCAAAAAGAAUUUAGAAUAUGCAGCCACUGUACUUGAAUCUGUUUAUAUUGAUGAAACAAGGCGUUUACUUGACACAGAAGAUGAACUCAGUGAUAUACAAUCAGACUCUGUGCCCUCAGAAGUACGGGACUGGUUGGCCUCCACGUUCACGCGGCAAAUGGGGAUGAUGUUAAGAAGAACAGAGGAGAAACCACGGUUUAGAAGUAUUGUCCAUGCAGUGCAAGCUGGGAUAUUUGUGGAGAGAAUGUACAGAAGGACAUCAAACAUGGUUGGACUCAGCUAUCCGCCUGCGGUUAUUGCUGUACUAAAGAAUGUCGACAAGUGGUCUUUUGAUGUAUUUGCACUAAAUGACGCCAGUGGUGAUCAUGCACUUAAAUUCAUCUUCUACGAAUUGCUCACACGUUAUGAUCUGAUUAACCGCUUCAAGAUACCUAUCUCUGCACUUGUAUCAUUUGUGGAAGCACUGGAAGUUGGAUAUACCAAGCAUAAAAACCCAUAUCACAAUCUAAUCCAUGCGGCAGAUGUUACACAGACCGUUCAUUACUUUCUUUUUAAAUCAGGGUUAGUGCACUGGUUGACAGAAUUGGAGAUAUUUGCAAUGAUUUUUGCUGCUGCAGUUCACGAUUAUGAACAUACUGGCACAACAAACAAUUUUCAUAUUCAGACAAGGUCAGAUUCAGCAAUUCUUUACAAUGACCGGUCUGUGCUUGAGAAUCAUCAUGUGAGUGCAGCAUAUCGCCUCCUGCAGGAUGAUGAGGAAAUGAAUAUUCUUUAUAAUCUAUCAAAGGAUGAUUGGAGGGAAUUCCGGGCUUUAGUGAUCGAGAUGGUGUUGGCAACUGAUAUGUCUUGUCACUUCCAACAAAUCAAAGCAAUGAAGAAUGCUCUCCAGCAGCCGGAAGGGAUCGACAAGCCGAAAGCCUUAUCGUUGUUGCUACAUACAGCAGACAUUAGCCAUCCAGCCAAAAACUAUGAUCUACAUCACAGGUGGACAAUGUCACUACUGGAAGAAUUCUUCAGACAGGGUGACAAAGAAGCAGAGCUUGGACUUCCAUUUUCCCCACUGUGUGACCGCAAUUCUACUAUGGUUGCUCAAUCCCAAAUAGGUUUUAUCGAUUUCAUUGUGGAACCCACUUUCACUGUGCUGACUGAUAUGAUAGAGAAAAUUGUAUUGCCACUUAUUGAUGAAGCAUCACGGUCAGGUCUAACGGGAUUUAGACGUUCUAGUUUAAACAGCAUCACCCCCUCAGAAGUUAAAAGGUCAAGUGUGAAGAGUACUGGAUCAGAAGGAAGUGCCUCUUUGAACUGUUCAAUACUCACUGUGGACUUCAAAAUUUUUAGAUGUUCCUGGUAUGAGGUUGUACAACAGAACAGAGAGAAAUGGAAGGCACAAGCAGCCAAAGAUGCAGAAGAAAGGGCUAAAAAAGAAGCAGAAGAAAGUGUUGUAAAGGAAAAAGAAGAUAAGAAGACGGAAGAAAUUGAGGAAAAACUAUUAACAUCUAAACAAGAAACAAACAGAGAACCAAAUUCCACUGAAAGCAAAACUACAGAAUCUAGUCAGGGAAAUGUAAACGGGACUCGAUUACCAAAUGUAAACAGACAACCUUCCUCAGGAGAAAGUCAAAACAAACCAGACAAACCCGGAGAAGACGGCAAACAACAAAUACAAAAUGGGACAAAUUGCACAGUGAAUGAUGCAUCAUGUACCGUGGAUUCACCAUACCUUCUUAAACUACCAGUUCUAAAACCCCAGCUGAGGUAUUUCAAACGGCCGACCUACUGCACAACGACGCGUUUGCCCAGCUUUCAAAAGAAACCUGAAGAAAAUGCUGCGAAGUAUAGACCAGUUGAUCAACGUGGAAGAAUGAAAAAAAUACAACACAUAUCAAUGCACUGGAAUAAGAAGCAAUAG